AUGGAAGCAUUCAUUCAUCAAGUACGAGGCGUUUUUGUGUUGGAUCAAAACGGAAAACGAUUAUUGUCAAAAUACUACUCAAAUGAUCUGAAGAGCAAUUUAAGAAAACAAUUAGAUUUAGAAGAUAAUGUAUCCAACAAGACCAUUAAAAGCAAAACGCCUUCUUCCGGAGAGUGUGAUAUAAUAAUGAUCGAUAGCUAUAAUAUUGUUUUUCAAAACGUACAAGAUAUUUACUUUUUUGUUGUUGGAGCUGGCUACGAAAAUGAAUUGGUAUUAUCGGAAGUGUUAUCGGGACUAAUCGAUGGUUUGAUGAUGCUCUUUAGAAAUCAAUUGACCAAGAGAACUUUCCUUGAAAAUUUUGAUUUGAUUGUUUUAGCUUUGGAUGAGGUUUUAGAAGAUGGUAUAAUCAUUGAAACGGACUCAUCAGCAAUUGCUCAAAAGGUUGCUGCCGUUGAAACAGGAGCCGAUGCUGCAAGUGGUGUUGAAGGAAGCGAGACCAUCACGCAAGUCUUCAAAUCAGCUCGAGAACAGCUCUCUGAGAUGGCUAGUUCAUUCUUCCAAUUUUAA